GCUGCCCUUAACGCCUACUGUUAUUCAUUCAAGUAGUAGUGUGAGACAACAGUUAAAACCAAGCAGCCCAGUGAAAAAAGUCAUCAUGAACAGAUACUUCAGAAACCAAGACAAUUCUGAUGAUGAAAAUGUAUUUGGCAUACAAAAAACAACUUACUGGGAAAUAUACGGUGUGAAACGUUUUCCUUACCGUGGAAAGCGGAAGUUUACACCAUUACUUUCCCAAUCUUUAGAUGGAGGAAUGGUGAUCUCAAAUGACGUGUUUGGACUUACAAUCAGUCAGUUUGAACGAAUGUAUAAAGAUUGUUUGGAAAGACGGAAAACAGAAGAACAGUAUAUAUUGAACCUUAGAUAUCCAGAUAAAUCUUCGAAAGAAUAUCUAGAAUACUUAGAAAACUGUUCAGAGUGUAAUAAAGAUCAAUUCCUUUUCAUCGACAGUUACUUUAGGGAGAAAUGCUUAUACCAGAACCUAGUUAAAAUAAUUGGUACUGAAAUAGACAUACGAAAGAGACAACGAUUUUUUAUAAUACACGAUAUGAUCGUCAAUGCAACUUUGACUGAUCCUACACAAAUAUCUAGUGGAAGUUUGGCUGAGGGACUUGACUUUCCAGGUAGUGACAUAGAUAUAAUGUUCUUAUUUAAUUAUAUUGACGUGGUAGAUAAUGUUAGUAAUAUCAAACUCCCAACACAUCGUACAACAUGUGUUAUGGAGACUGAUAUUAAUCAUCCUGGAUUUACUAGCCUCAGGGUUGCAUCAACAGGUGGGUUAUCCGUAGAUUGUCAGUGUAGUCCAGGAACAUGUACCGGUGAAUGGUUGUAUCUAUCACCAAACACAUUUGCAACACAAUAUAUAAAUUCGUUUUCUCAACCGUUAUCCUUACACGGUCCAUGUUUGUCAAACCAAGAGCAGACUUUUGAUAUGGCAUUUUGUGUACGGAGUAAAUAUCUACCAAGAAACGCAAGUUCAUGGGCUAUCCGGCAUCGAUGGCAAUGGCCACCUAAUGUCGUAAUUGACAGGAUACUGAAUUACGGAUGUUUGUUAGUACCUAUUGGACCGAAGACUUUAUCAGAUAACAACUCUAAAUUAUGGAGAAUAUCUUUCUCUGUGGCAGAAAAAGUACUUGUACAUUCGUUUAACUUCACUCAACUGUUAUGUUACGGUCUACUCAAAUUAAUGUUGAAGCAUAUAAUAAACACACACGAUGAAGUCAAAGAUUUACUGUGCUCUUACUUUCUGAAAACGGCUAUAUUCUGGGUCUCGGAGGGAAUGAAUAUUAAUACCUUUCAGUUAUCUGAAAUAUAUUAUUGUUUUUGCCUCUGUGUUGAUAAAAUAAUUUCAUGGGUAAAAAAAUGUUACUGUCCGAACUAUUUUAUACCUGAACACAAUAUGUUCCUUGGUAAGAUCGAUCAAAGUAACAAUAAAAUACUACUAUGUGUUCUAGAGAGUAUAAUGUUUGGUGGGAUUGAUGGAUUGUUAAAUAGUUUAUUUGCACCGGACAAUGAAAACCCACGUUUAGUAGGUACAAAUAAUGAAUCCUCGUUCAUUAUGUUGGACAUUCUACUUUACAGGAUGUCUGGUACACUUCAUUUGGGAAGUAUCUUUCAUGGACCAGAAUUCCCUUUAAGAAUGUAUAAUGGACUUGCGAUUACGGAAUCUUUACUAAAGUCCGAAUCGUCUUCUUUUAUUAUUGCUAUUUGUAAAUAUUAUUUUGCUACAAUCACUAAAUAUAUAGCACAACUACUACCUUCGCCAAACACAAUAGGAGAAGCGUACACCAUACGCAAUCUUUAUCAGAGAUAUUCAAAAAACGUCAUUAAGACAGAUGCCGUAUCAGGUUGGCUGUUGUACGCAUCGUUUUAUUAUGUGACAGGACAGUUCGAUGUUACACUUAGACUAACGGAUUAUGUUCUAUCAAAAUGUUCACCUAAUAUGAUACAUCAAGGCGAAGAGCCCUUGGAAAGAUGUUUCCAAAGAUACAGUCAUAAUGUACAUUCUUCAAUGACAUUGAAUGAAAGGAUGACAUUAGCCACUAUCGCACAUGUCCCCUACGUACAGAGAUCAUCAUUAAUACCAGAAGAACUGACGCUGGAAGUAGAAAAUCAUUUUAGAAGUAUCUCACCUAUUACAAUGAUAUAUUGUCUUAGAUUUCUAUGCUUUCAUCAUCGCGGUGAUAUAUCCAACAGACAACAAGCUUUGCGUAAUUUACAUUUAGCAGUAAACACUGACGAAAUCAUAAAAUACGGUAAAUCGUGUACUUCAUUAACAAUACUUGGAGUUUGUAAUGAAAUAUCAGGAUAUAAAGACGAGGCAUAUGAGUGUUAUGAUGAAGGUUUCUUUUAUAGUAACUGUAAAUGUCCAGACGCAGCAAAAAGGAAGCUAAAAUUGUUAAUCUAA